AUGUCCACCCCCGAGCCACCUGUAUGGGCCGCACCCAACGAUGUAGAAGCAUUCAGACAGAUGUAUGAGGCCGACUCUGCUGAACUAUUCGAUAACAUCGCCACCCUCGUCCAGCGCGUCCGCCUCCAAAGGGAUACCCUCCAUGCACAACUCACCGCCGCUAAUGAAACCAUUGACAACCUCGAGGAGCAGAUAAACCGGCUCAACCUCGACCUCAAUGUCGCCCGCGCUGCCCCCGCCCCUACCGUCGCUGUCCCCGUUGCCCCUGCUCCCCCACCUGCUCCUGCCCCCGCCUUCAGGUCCGAAAAGUUUCCAGACCCUGAGAAAUUCGAUGGCACCCGCACCAAGCUCCCCGGAUUCACCACCCAACUUCGAAUGAAACUUGAAGUCAACCACGAUCGGUUCCGAAACGAGGCAGCAAAGGUUAUCUAUGCCGUCAGUCGCUUGGAAGGAAGGGCCCUCGACCAGGUCGUUCCACUUGUCAACGCUAACCCUGCCGCCCCCUUCUCCUCCGUCACUGCCUUUGUUGCCCACCUGGAAGCCUCGUUUGGAGACCCAGACCCCCGGGGUACCACCCGUCGCCAACCCGUUGCCCUGAAGCAAGGCAAAGGGGACUUCGCUACCUAUUAUUCACAGUUCCUCCGCAUCGUGGCAUACCUGAACUACAACGAGGGAGCAAAGAUCGAUGCCCUAGCCGAAGGACUGUCAGAAGAUCUGAAGGACGCUAUGACAUACCGGACAGACAGGCCUAACACUGUCGAAGCCUAUGCCACCAUGUUGAUGACAAUCGAUAACCAGGUUCGGGGCCGCAAAGCUGAACAAAGGGCCAUUCGGAAUACAAUGGGACAAUUCACCGCCCCCGCUGCUGUCGCACACCCAUCUCAUACCGCCGGAGGCCUCGCCCCAAUGGACCUCUCCGCUCUCCAAAGCCGCCCCACUCAAUGUCCUGCCAUUGAACAACGAUACACUUUUGUCAAUGGACAACGCAAAACCUCUGCCGCUGAAAAGCAAUGGCGAAGGGACAACAAUCUCUGUAUGUACUGUGCCAACCCCGGUCACGUCUUUGCCAACUGCCCCUCUGCCAAUCGCCCGCGCGGUAAUCAACCGGUUAUGAGGGGCGCCCUCCUCGCACCCAGUCAUACGGCCGUCGACCCCGCUGUUCCACUGGUCGCUAUCCCGGGCUUGAUUAAUGGCCCCUGCCUGGGACCUUCCAAUGUUUCUCCUUUGUCUGCGUUUUCUAUCUCUGGCUUCUCGGUAUCGUCUGUGGAGGAUAAAUUGGAUGGGGAUCAUUUUGUUGCUUCUUGUAAAAUUAUAAACAAUAAAACAUCCAUUCAAACUCACGCACUGAUCGAUACCGGUUGCUCCGGAUUCGCAUUCAUUGAUGAAACUUUCGCGCGCCAUAACAACUUCCCAUUUCUCCCCCUCAAAUCACCCCGCACUCUUGAAGUCAUCGACGGUCGGCCCAUAUCUUCUGGACAAAUUACCCACCUCUGCUAUCUGCCGCUAUCCAUUGACUCCCACCACGAAACUACCCCCUUCUUCGUUACCAAACUCGGCUCGUACCCACUCGUCCUCGGAAUCCCCUGGCUUCAAUUGCACGAUGCAACAUUACGGUUUAAGGACAAUAGCAUACUGUUCGACUCCGAAUACUGUAAAAGCAAGUACAACUCUUCCCCGAUACCCGUUCCCAUUAGAGGGGUUGCACCACCGCCCCGUUUUCACCUUGUCAGUUCAGCUGCUCUUUGUCGCUUUGCUCAAAGAGACAAACUCCAAAUCUUUAGUACAACUAUUGAGGAAAUAGAUCAAGCAACGGGCGAGGCCCCUAAGCAAGACUGGAGGAACCGGGUCCCAACCCGGUACAAGAGAUUUCAUAAAAUGAUGGACGAAGAAUUCGCUAACGAGAUGCCACCUCGCCGCCCCUAUGAUCAUAAGAUACCGCUCAAAGAAGGGAAAGAGCCCCCUUUUGGGCCACUUUAUGGUAUGUCCCGCGAGGAACUCAUUGUGCUGAAACAAUACAUACAGGACAACCUUCAAAAGGGGUUUAUUCAGGCCAGCUCUUCGCCUGCCGGUGCCCCUGUCCUAUUUGUUAAAAAAGCCGAUGGAACACUCCGCCUCUGUGUCGACUAUCGUGGCCUUAACGAACUUACUGUCAAAAAUCGCUACCCGCUGCCACUCAUCCGGGAAACUCUCGACCGCCUUUCCAAGGCCAAGUGGUACACCAAACUUGACCUUCGCCAAGGGUACAAUCAGAUCCGAAUGGCUAAGGGUGAAGAAUGGAAAACAGCCUUCCGAACGCGUUACGGACAUUUCGAAUACACCGUAAUGCCCUUCGGCCUUACCAAUGCACCAGCCACCUUUCAACAUUUCAUUAAUGAUUGCGUCCGUGAUUACCUUGAUAUGUUCUGCACAGCCUACCUUGACGAAAUCCUUAUUUACAGCGAUACCUUCGAGGAACAUCAAGUACACGUCGAGAAGAUUCUGGAAGCCCUACAAAGAAAUGGAGUACUGCUGAAACCGGAGAAAUGCGAAUUUCAUACACAAAGUACCACAUAUCUCGGCCUGAUUAUCGAACCCAAUGGUAUAAAAAUGGACCCAAGGAAAGUGGAGACGGUGAAGAAUUGGACCGUCCCCAAAACAGUUAAGGAUGUACAAGCAUUCCUAGGUUUUGCUAACUUUUACCGCCGAUUCAUACGCGGAUUCUCGGAGCUGGCUUCUCCUCUUACCAGACUGACACUUAAGGACAUAUCAUUUGGAUGGACAUCCGAAGCCCAAACCGCCUUCAACGCCCUGAAAGAAGCCUUUACCACGGCGCCCAUUCUUACUCAUUUCGACCCGGAGAAGGAAAUUACCGUGGAAACCGAUGCAUCUGACUAUGUCUCCGCUGGUAUACUCUCCCAAUACGAUGACAAUGGUAUCCUCCGACCUGUUGCAUACUUCUCGAAAAAACACUCCCCCGCCGAAUGCAACUACGAGAUUUACGACAAGGAAUUAUUGGCAAUCAUCCGGUCUUUUGAGGAGUGGCGACCGGAACUUGAAGGGGCUGUACACCCAAUCGCCAUCAUAUCCGAUCAUAAGAAUCUCGAAUACUUUAUGAGUACCAAACAACUCAACCGGAGACAAGCACGGUGGGCAGAAUACCUGUCACGGUUUAAUUUUGUUAUCAAAUACCGACCAGGGAAACAAGGAGGGAAGCCGGACGCGUUGACAAGAAGAUCAGGAGAUCUCCCUGGAGAGGGGGAUGAAAGACAAUUGCAUCAGAGUCAAGUCGUGUUGAAGAAGGAGAAUCUUGAUGCAAAGCUAAGUUUUGAGAAGAACGGUGACAAAAACGAUGGAAACAUUAAAAACGAGAGCGAUGAUAAUGACAUUGAUCAAGAGCUUGAGGAUAUGUUUGGCGUUGGGAUUACGGCCCAAUCAAACCGAGAUGAAGCCCAGAAACAACUGGAGAAGCGGGAUAAAAGAGCUCGUUCAAGGGCCGUCAAAAUCGAAGAUGAUGCAAAUUCUGAUCAGUCAAAGAAAAGGACGAGAAUUCAGCCAGCCCCAACCUCACUGCAGGAAUUAUUCGAUGAAGGAUAUAGCGCUGACCCGUUUCACCAAAAGAUACUGGAUAUGCGGAAUAAAGGCGAUCGACAAUCAAAGGACAUAUCACUCGCCGAAUGCACCGAGGUUGAAGGCCGAUUGCUUUACCGAGGCAGUAUAUAUGUCCCUGAUUACGACCCUCUUAAGCUUCGAAUCCUCCAACUUUACCAUGACGCUGCCUCUGCUGGACACCCGGGACGCGAAAAAAAAUUCGAACUCGUCAGUCGGGACUACUACUGGCCCCUCAUGCGAAAUUAUAUUGCCCGCUACGUUCGGAACUGCCACACCUGUCAACAAAGCAAACCCAACACCCACGGAAAACUCGGCGUACUUCGACCUUUACCGAUUCCCGAACAACCAUGGCGGGAGGUAUCGAUGGACUUCGUUACUGGCCUACCGGAAAGUGAAGGGUACGAUGCAAUUAUGGUAGUGGUUGACCGGCUAACAAAGAUGCGACACCUCCUGCCCUGCAAUACUACUGUCAAUUCCGAAGACGUCGCCCAACUAUACCUGCGAAACAUAUGGAAGCUCCACGGGCUACCCACACACGUCACCUCCGACCGCGGUACGCAAUUUACAGCUAAGUUUUGGAAGGCUCUUUGUAAACACCUCAACAUCGAGGCAAGGAUGUCCACCGCCUUCCACCCGGAGACCGACGGCCAAACCGAAAGGCUGAAUGCUGUGAUGGAGCAAUACCUACGAGGGUAUGUCUCUUAUCAACAGGACGAUUGGGUAAAAUGGCUUCCUAUGGCAGAAUUUUCCGCCAACAAUCAGGUCUCCGCAUCCACUAAAGCUACACCAUUCUUCGCGAACUAUGGGUUCCACCCCCGGUUUACAGUGACGAUCAAAUCGCUUGACAGGACCCCACCGAGUCUUAACGCUAAAGACUUCGCCUCGAAGAUGAGAGAACUCCACGAGCACCUACGUUCCAAUAUCCGCACAGCGCAGGAUCAGCAAGAGCAGGCCGUCAAUACUAAACGAACCCCGGCCCCACGGUACGAUGUCGGUGAUAUGGUGUUUGUUUCAGCAAAAAACAUCCGAACCACGCGUAACUCCCGGAAGCUGGACUGGAAGAAACUGGGACCGUUCCCCGUUAAGGAAAUCAUAUCGCCAUAUGCGUAUCGAGUUGACCUGCCUAGAAGUAUGAAGGUGCACCCCGUCUUCCAUGUAUCAUUGUUGGACCCCGCUGCGAAUGAUCCUGUCCCAGGGCAAAUUCAACCACCACCCCCGCCCAUUAUCGUCGAACAAGAGGAGGAGUACGCAGUUGAGGAAAUCUUGGACUCGCGAGAAUUACGGAACACUGGCCUGCAAUACUUUGUUAAGUGGACGGGCUAUACCGACCCUACCUGGGAACCCGCCGCAUACCACGAUAAUACCGCCGCCGUUGAUAUCUUCCACAUACGCUACCCCGACAAACCUGGGCCAUUGGAAGCAAAGAUUAAGGUUAAGGCUCGCAGGAGCUCGCGCUUGAAGGGGGGGGCUACUUUCAUGGAUCGACUAGUGGAGGUACGGGGUUAUGAAGAGUCGGAUUAG